AAGUUACUAGCUCUCGUGUGUGAAUGCAAAAGACUCUGGCUCUUCAUAAACAUCAAUGUGGAGACCGUGAAAGGUCAAUCAUUCCUAUCUUGUCGACAAAGAAAAAUUGAGAGAUCAAUGUUCGCUGGCGAGAACGCCCGAGCGGCUCGCCUGGCCAUGGUGGCGCCGCCGCAGCCGCAGAUGUUGAACCCGGCGACAUCGUCGGUGAUUUCCGGCGAGAUAUCGCCGACGACGGCAGGGAGAGAGGAGAGGGUUCCGGCACAGCCGCAGUGGAGCCAGCAGGAGACGAGAGAGUUCAUAGCCAUACGCGCGGAGCUUGAGAGGGACUUCACUGCAUCGAAGCGGAACAAGACGCUUUGGGAGGUUGUGAGCUCCAAGAUGAGGGAGAGAGGCUUCAGGAGGAGCCCCGAACAGUGCAAAUGCAAGUGGAAGAACCUCGUUAAUCGCUAUAAGGGAAAAGAGACAUCUGAUCCAGAGCAUAGUAGGCAAUGUCCAUUUUUCGAAGAAUUGCAUGCAGUAUUUACUGAAAGAGCACGUAAUAUGCAACGACUGCUUCUUGAAUCUGAGGCUCGUUCAGCUCAAACAAAGAAAGGGGUGAAAAGGUCAAGUGGAGAACGGUCCUCGGAAGAGUACUCUGAAGAUGACGAGGAGGUAGAAGAUGACAGUGAAGAGGAGAAGCCUUCUAGAAGCAAUGCUCGUAAAAGGAAAGUUGACAAAACUGAUAAGUCUUCAAAGGCAAACAAUCCAUCAAAUACUUUCAGUAAUACUGCUAGUAGUAUUCAGGAAAUGCUCAAUGAAUUUUUCCAGCAGCAGCUAAGGAUGGAGAUGCAAUGGAGGGAAAUGAUGGAUAGGCGUGCCCAAGAAAGACAGCUUUUUGAGCAGGAAUGGAGGCACACAAUGGAGAAACUUGAAAGGGAGAGAUUAAUGAUUGAACAGACAUGGAGGGAGCGGGAAGAACAGAGGAGAAUGAGGGAAGAGAGCCGGGCAGAGAGGAGGGAUGCUUUGUUGACAACUCUUUUGAACAAACUCAUACAUGAAUCUAACUAAAUGUGGUAACUGACUUGAACAGUUAGUUUCAGUUAAUUAUUUGAUGCUUUCAUUAAUUAUAUGUUUAGCCAAGGUUAAGCCAACUUUGAUAGUGGCUUUUGGUUACAAUAGAGAAUCUUGGAAAGGAAAAAUUGAAUGGGUAUAGCGGAUAUAUUGAAUAUUAUAGGAGUAUAUGAACUGAAAAUUGAUACAAACAGAUUGUGUAUGGACUAUGGACAGUUGCUGUAACUAAGUCAAGGUGUGGAUUAUAGCUGUUUGUAUGAUUUUUGGUA